UAAAAAGCAAACAAACCAUUUGAAACUAUUAUUAACAUCUAAUCUUUUUGGGGUAUAAACUGAUUUACAUGACUUUGAUUUUGUUACAGGACUAAAUUUGGUCGGAUAAGAUAACUAAGUUGCCAAGAUGAAGGUGCUAGAUCUACUUGUUGUAGCUUCCAUGCCCAUUAUCAAGCUUCUUCUCAUCACCGCGAUUGGUUCAUUACUCGCCAUAGAUCGUGUUGAUGUCUUGCGUGACACUUCGAGGAAGUACUUGAACAAGCUUGUGUAUUUUGUAUACAACCCGGCUUUCGUGGGUAGCAGCUUGGCACAAACUGUGACUUAUGAGAGCCUACGCACACUGUGGUUUAUGCCAGUAAAUGUUUUGAUCACAAAUCUUCUAGGUUCGGCGCUUGGUUGGGUACUCGUGAAAGUUACAAGAGCUCCAAGGCAUCUAAAAGGCCUCAUUAUAGGUUCAUCUUCUGCAGGGAACUUGGGGAACUUGCCCAUUAUCAUCAUCCCUGCACUAUGUAAAGAGAAGAGUGGACCCUUUGGCGCGCCUGAUGUUUGUUACUCUUAUGGCAUGGCUUACGCUUCACUUUCCAUGGCGUUAGGGGCCAUAAUUUGCUGGUCAUAUGCUUUCAACAUUGUCCGCCUAUCUGCAUUGGAGUUCUUAGAGAAAGAAGUACCUGCAAGUAGUCGUACUGAAGUUAGUGAUGAACUCAAUGCGUCGACAUCAGAGAGCUAUGUAGAACCCCUUCUACGUAGAGCAAGUUAUUCUCUAAGGGAUUUAGGAAAUGAGGUUCCUUCCUCAUCUAGUAUAAAGAAUUGGAUAAUCAAAUUCUUAGACAAGAUCAGUCUCAAGGAAUUGUUGGCACCUUCAACUCUUGCAGUGAUAUUUGGGUUUAUCAUUGGAAUGAUUCCUGCAUUACGCAAUUUGCUUAUUGGCAAUGAAGCUGUCCUGCAUAUAAUUGAGGACUCCAUUUAUCUGGUUGGAGAUGCAGCAGUCCCGGCCAUGACCUUAAUACUAGGGGCAAGUCUAGUUGGAGGCAUAAAAGGAUCAAGAAUCCAGCAUAGUGUAGUCAUGGGAAUCAUAGCAGUUCGGUAUAUAUUUCUUCCAUUGUUGGGCAUCCUUAUUGUGCGCGGAGCAGUGCAUUUUGGCAUCAUCCAAUUCAAUCCUCUGUUUAUGUUUGUUCUUCUUCUUCAAUACGCAGUGCCACCUGCAAUGAACAUUAGUACAAUGACAGAGAUGUUUGGAACAGUCGAGAGUGAAAGUUCAGUAAUAAUGUUAUGGACUUAUGCUUUGUCCCCAAUUGCGCUCACUCUUUGGUGCACUCUCUUCUUGUGGCUUGUAUCUUCAUAGUUCGAAAGCAAAUUAAAGCUAGUUUAAUGUCUACCUAGAAUCUUUAGCUUUGAUUGUAGUGUUGCUCUAAGAAAUUUGAAGGAAAAUUCAAAUGUGCCAGUAAAUUAGUUGUUUAAAUUGUAAAAAUGUUGCAUGUAUUGUCUAAUGAGUCACCAUUAAUGAAGAAAAAUUCUGUUGUAGUCUAGCUACUCAGGAUACUCGGCUCUCACCCAAGAGACCUAGGUUCGAGUCCCGGCAACGGAAUAUAUGUUUUUACCAAGGUAAGCUUGGUCUAGUAGUAAGAUUGUCACCUUCCAACCUUGAGGUUCAGGGUUCAAUCUCCACUAGAGACACUUUGAGGGUGAGGAUCCCUUACCUUUCCCCCUCACUCUCAAAGUGACUGA